CCUUUCCUCCCCUCCUCCCCUCCUCCCAAACUCCUUUUGUUGUUCUCCUCCUGCAAAACUCUCUCUCUCCCCCAUAUCAGAACGAUGUGCCCAUUUGGAAACAACUCAAGUCUGCACCUGCUCUCACACAGGGCCCAUUGCUUUGACGUUCUGGAGUCACAAGGAGGAGGAGGAGGAGGAGGAGGAGGAGGAGGAAAAGGAGGAAGAGGAGGAGAACAGGAGGAGAGCAAGGAGGAAGAGGAGGAGAACGAGGAGGAGAGCAAGGAGGAAGAGGAGGAGAACGGGGAGGAGAGCAAGGAGGAGGAGGAGGAGGAGGAGGAGAAGAAGAAGAAUGAGGAGGAGGAGAACGAGGGGGAAGAGGAGGAGAAUGAGGAGGAGAGCAAGGAGGAGGAGGAGGAGAGCAAGGAGGAGGAGGAGGAGGAGGAGGAGGAGAGCAAGGAGGAGGAGGAGGAAGAGGAGGAGGAGAACGAGGAGCAAGAGGAGGAGAAUGAGGAGGAGGAGAGCAAGGAGUAGGAGGAGGAGGAGGGCAAGGAGGAGGAGGAGGAGGAGAAGACGACGAAGAAUCAGGAGGAGGAGGAGAAUGAGGAGGAAGAGGAGAACGAGGAGGAGGAGGACGACGACGACGACGAGACAAAAAGAAGGAGAAGAAGCGAGAGGGAAGAAAAGACUUUGUCAUCUUGUCCACUUUCCAGGCCUGUUGGGCCAUGACCGUGACUCCUUUCCAUUUAAGGAAGGGUUAUUGAUGCUCCUACCCAUCCCGUGUCUUGUCAACUUCAUCCUAUCUGUCAGCAUAGUAUGCCUCAGAAUAGGUUAGGUUAGAACGUAGCAGUCAGUAUGCAUAGUAAACUGUGCAAAAGGUA